AUGGAUUUAGAGCAAUUACAGAAGGCCUUCCGAGAUUGUUUGGAUGGGAAAAAAUAUUUACUCAUUUUAGAUGAUGUAUGGAACGUGAAUCCUAUGAAGUGGAAUGAAUUGAAACAGCUGUUAGCGGAAGGAGGUAGCGGAAGCAAAAUUGUAUUCACUACUCGUAAUAACCAAAUUGCAGAGAUGAUGGGCACAAUCCCAGCACACAAUUUGCAAGGUCUUUACGAGAAAGAAGCUUUGUCAGUGUUUCUCCAAUUUGCAUUCAAGAAAGGGGAAGUGAAUCUAUCUCCAAACCUAGUGAAAAUUGGGGAAGAGAUAGUCAAAAAAUGCAAUGGAGUUCCUUUGGUUUUGAAGACACUUGGGAGUCUGCUUCUAACCAAAACUUCAGAGCACGAUUGGAAACUUGUGAGAGAUAGUGAGAUGUGGAAAUUAGUGGAAGAGCAAAAUAACAUUUUUCCUGUUUUGAAAUUGAGUUAUGAUGAAUUGCCUCCACAUCUUAAACAAUGUUUUGCAUUACUUUCAGUCUUUCCAAAGGAUUAUCAACGUCUGGUUGGGAGAAAUAUUGGUAGUUUGAAGCAUUUAAGGUAUCUUGACCUAAUUGGCAAUUCUAAUAUCAAGAAACUUCUGAAUUCCCUAUGUAAGUUACAGAGUUUGGAAACUCUGCUUCUCUUUGGUGAAAGAAUUGAAGAGUUGCCCAAAGAUUUGAGAUACAUGAUCAGUCUCAGACUGUUAGCAGUAAGUACAAGACAGAAGGUUUUAUCUGAGAAUGGCUUUGAGCACUUGAAAUCUCUUCGAGUUUUGUUUAUUGGAAAUGGGAUUGGAAGAGAGAAAAAAGAUGAUGAUAAUCAAGAUUACCAUGGUGGCAGCGGGUUACGCCUUCAAACGUUGAUGAUUGGGGGGUUAUCAAAGUUGGAGGCACUACCCCAAUGGCUUCUUUUAACAUCUAUCGACACCUUGCAAAACUUGAGGCUUGGGAAAUGUGAGAAUCUCACAACGUUAUCAGAGAAGCAGGAUUUCACAUCACUUGAAAAUUUAGAGAUUGAGGAUUGCCCAAAGUUGUCAUCGCUGCCAGAGCAGAUGCCACGCCUCAAACAAUUGGAAACCGAAGGAAGUCCGACUUUGAGAGAAAGAUGCAAACCAGAAAUGGAGAAGGAUUGGGCCAAGAUUGCUCAUGUCUCUAAAAUACGGAUUGAUGACAACGAAAUCUCAUCGUCAAAGGAAUGA